UUGCGAAAUAGCGGAAGUGUCCUCGCUUUAACAAUGAGAUGAGCAGAAGUGCAGGAAAGUGAAAGAUCUGCCCUAAAUCCUACACCAAACUCAUCUCCUCCACCUGGACUAUAGUAUUAUUAUUAUUUUAUUUUAAUUUUUCUGUUCUGUCGAUUUUAUUAAUCAGCCCCACCUGACUUUACUAGACCAUGGAAAUCGAGAAGGAAAUGAAAAAGGUAACCCUGGGCCAUGAGAUUGGAGCUGGAGCAGCAUGCGUGAAAUGCAAAGACAAGUGCGAGGGCUUUGAGCUUCACUUCUGGAGAAAGAUCUGUCGUAACUGCAAGUGUGGUAUAGAGGAUCACGAUGUGCAACUGCAGUCGGAAGAGAACCAGAAAGUGGGGCGGCUUUUCGAGGACACCAAGUACACGAGGCUCAUUGCCAAGCUGAAGAAAGAUGGAGUGCCCUCGUAUCAAGGCAGUGCGCUCACCAUAACAAUCAGCACUCCUGCUGUGGGUACAGCAGUACCAGUUCCAUUGGCCGGUACUGCAGGAAUAGUGAGUCCUGCCUAUUCCCAAGGUGUCCCCGGCCACGGGGCUCCCUCUGCUUGGGCCAUGGGGCUCCCUCUGCUUCGGGCCAUGGGGCUCCGACUGCUUCGGGCCACGGGGCUCCCUCUGCUUCCUGCUGCAGGCCACGGUACCCCUGCUAUUUCCAUUGCAGCUGCUGUCAAUCCUGCUGCCGUGGCAGCCAAAAAGGAUGUGGUCAGGGCUGUCACCUACGAGUGGGCUCCUCCAGGUGUUGACCAGAAAUUGGCUCUGCUUUACAUGGAGCUGCUGCCACCGGAGCGGCGGCCUAUAGCAGGCACUCAGGGUGCCGAUUAUCGCAAGAAGCAGAUGGCCAAACAGCUCCCCGAGCACGACCAGGAUCCAGCACUCUGCCACGAGCUCACGCCUGCUGAAGUCAAACAAAUGCAGCAGUAUGUGCGCAAGUACAAGGACGAGGCUCUGGGCAUCGGAGACCUGACCCUCCCGGAGGAGUUAGGUUCUCUUGCAGGAACCCCUCAGAGCCCUGGAAUCGCAAACAAGCCUGGAGGACCCGGGGACCAGGGAACAGCCGCUGUGGGGAAGGUUGGGAUCCCGGGGGCAGCGGGGGCUGUAAGCGGGACUGGGCCUGCUGGCAACUACGCGUGUCAUCACUGCCAGGGUGCGAUGAAGCGUGGAGACCCGGCGGUUUAUGCAGAACGCGCCGGGUUCGACAAGCUCUGGCACCCGGGAUGCUUCGUGUGCUGCACCUGCAACGAGCUGCUGGUGGACAUGAUCUACUUCUUGAAGAAGGGCAAUCUGUACUGCGGCCGACAUUACGGAGACAGCGAGAAACCGCGAUGUGGCGGCUGUGACGAGCUCAUCUUCAGUAAUGAGUACACUCAGGCUGAGGGACAAAACUGGCAUCUGAAGCAUUUCUGCUGUUUUGACUGUGAUUGUGUUCUGGCUGGAGAAACCUACGUCAUGGAGAACGACAAGCCGGUGUGCCAACCCUGCUACAUGAAGAACCAUGCUGUGCACUGCGUGUCGUGUAAGCAGCCGAUCGAGCCCGAGGCUCAGCGCGUGUCCUACGGCGAGCACCACUGGCACGCCGGGCCUCAAUGUUUUCAGUGCUCGGGCUGCUCCAAGUGCCUCGUGGGUCAGCGCUUCAUGGCCCUGCAGGGGAAACUCCUCUGCUCCGUCGAAUGCAAGAAGAAGGUCAUGGUGUCUUAGAGAACAUCUCCAGAGCUCCACAACCACGAAGUUCUGCUUUCAUAACCACUUUAAAACCACUGUCUUCCUCAUACUUUACAACGAGCACUUCAUUAUUUUUCAUUUCCAUUCUGCUGUAGCUGAAGAACGUUAACGUUCUCACGCAUUCUUCAAAGCCGUGGCUUUGCAUACAGGAGCCUGCAGGUAGGCAGCGAGACAGUAAAUGUAAAUCAGCGAAGAAGAGACGGAUCGCAAUCGGGAACAGAAUUCCUCAGUAUUACACCAAGUCCAACCCUUCCACAUGUUUGUCUUUAUUUCACUCAAAAUCGCACUUUAUUUCGAUUUCUUUUCUAAUUCUGGCUUUGUAACAAAAUAAAUAAUAUGCAAGAGAA